UUUUAACUAAGAAUACGAAAAGAAAGUGGUCUCAUAAUUGAUAUAUCUGAACCUCCUCAUGUGUAAAAUAAAAUAAAAAAUUGCAACCUAACCUGUCAAUUGUUAAACAGAUAGAAGCUUUUAUUUGAAAAUAAUAAUAGUAACAGUUUUUAACAUUUUUAAAAAUGGAUGUAGCUGAUACUUAUUCUACCCAGAAGCAAGUAAAAGAUGAUGUAGGUGUGCGUUGCCAAAAGUUGUUUCAAGAUUUUUUAGAAGAGUUUAAAGAAGACAAUGAAAUUAAAUACGAGAAACCGGCAAAAGAAUUAAUAAAGCCAGAAGCCAGUACCUUAGAAGUCAGUUUUGAUGAUGUUGAACGAUACAACCAGAAUCUAGCUACAACUAUUAUUGAAGAAUAUUAUAGAAUAUAUCCAUUUCUCAACCAAGCUAUAUUAAACUAUGUGCUGAGUAUAACUGACAGUAAUGUUAAAAAGGAACUCGUUGGUAAAGAAUGCUAUGUGUCAUUUGUAGAUGUGCCUACAAGGCAUAAAGUACGAGAAUUAACGACAACUAAGAUUGGGACGUUGAUAAGAAUUUCAGGACAAAUUGUAAGAACUCAUCCCGUACAUCCGGAGUUAGUUUUGGGCACAUUUGUCUGUUUAGAUUGUCAGACUGUUGUAAAAAAUGUUGAACAACAAUUUAAGUACACUUUACCAGCAAUUUGUAGGAAUCCAGUGUGCGCGAAUAGAAGACGGUUCAUGUUAGAUGCUGACAAAUCAGUAUUUGUUGACUUUCAAAAGAUAAGAAUACAAGAGACACAAGCGGAGUUACCCCGUGGCUGUAUACCACGCUCUCUUGAAGUCAUACUUAGGGCAGAGGCCGUGGAAUCUGUACAGGCAGGUGACAGAUAUGAUUUUACAGGUACACUUAUAGUAGUACCAGAUGUUGGCUCCCUUUCAUUACCUGGAGCCAAAGCGGAACUGACUACAAGGACUAGACAGGGUAAUGAGGGUCAAAUGGAAGGUAUCAAGGGACUGAAAGCAUUGGGUGUACGUGAACUGCAUUACAAGACAGCAUUCCUCGCGUGCAGUGUACAGGCAAUGUCUCGUCGCUUUGGCACUGCGGAGAUAACUGCAGAUGAUCUAACAACUGAUGACAUGAGGAAACACAUGACUGACAAGGAGUGGAACCAGGUGUAUGAGAUGACAAAAGACAGGAAUCUGUAUAAUAAUCUAAUAACAAGCUUAUUUCCAAGCAUACACGGGAACAAUGAAGUAAAACGAGGAAUAUUACUUAUGUUAUUUGGAGGAGUCGCUAAAACUACUAUUGAAGGUACCACACUACGUGGUGACAUCAAUGUAUGUAUAGUGGGAGAUCCGAGCACUGCUAAGUCACAGUUAUUGAAACAAGUCAGUGAGAUGACACCCCGUGCUGUCUAUACUAGUGGCAAAGCAUCAUCUGCAGCCGGUCUCACUGCGGCUGUUGUUAGGGACGAGGAAUCAUUCGACUUUGUAAUCGAAGCGGGCGCACUGAUGUUGGCUGACAAUGGUGUGUGCUGUAUUGAUGAGUUUGAUAAGAUGGACCCCGGAGACCAGGUUGCUAUACACGAGGCCAUGGAACAGCAGACUAUAUCCAUUGCUAAGGCAGGAGUAAGAGCAACUUUAAAUGCUAGAACUUCAAUAUUAGCUGCCGCCAAUCCUGUAGGUGGUAGAUAUGACCGUGCGAAGUCUCUGCAGCAAAAUGUAGCUCUCAGUGCACCUAUCAUGUCCCGGUUUGAUCUAUUCUUUAUACUAAUAGAUGAGAGCAGUGAAAUGGUUGAUUAUGCCAUUGCAAGGAAAAUAGUAGAUUUACACUGCAAUAAAGAAGAAACCUACGACUGUGUUUACUCUAGAGAAGAUCUGUUAAGAUAUAUUGCUUUUGCGAGAUCAUUCAAGCCGUUUAUCACUGAAGAAGCAGGGAAGUUACUAGUGGAAUACUACACAGUGCUGCGGGGGCGUGACGCGGGCGGGGCGGGGGCGGGGUCGGGGGCGUGGCGUAUCACAGUACGUCAGCUGGAGUCACUUGUGAGGCUCUCAGAAGCCGUUGCCAAGUUGCACUGCAGCGGUGCUGUCACUGAACAUCAUGUACAUGAAGCUUACAGGUUACUAAACAAAUCUAUAAUCCGAGUUGAGCAACCUGAUAUACAUUUAGAUGAAGAUGAUCCUCAGUCGGAACCCAUGAUGGAGGUUGACCAAGACCCAUCUACAACCACCACGGUAAACGGAGACUCAUCUGGAAAGAAGAAACUAACCCUAUCAUUUGAAGAAUACAAAUCUCUAAGUGUCAUGCUUGUUGUGUUUAUGAGGAAAGAGGAAAGCGAAGCUGAAUCUAGAGGUGAGGAGAGCGCAGGUAUGCGUAAGAGUGCAGUAGUAAACUGGUAUUUAGAGCAACUGGUGACACAAGGACAGAUAGAAAAUGAAGACGAGUUGGUUGAAAGGAAAGUUCUGGUUGAAAAAGUUAUUGAAAGGCUCAUGUAUCAUGAUCAAGUUAUUAUACCUUUGACAACCACUGGUCUAAAAGCAACUCAGAAAUCAUCAGAACAAGAGAUAGAAGACGAUCCAUUAUUAGUCGUCCACCCAAACUUCGUUGUGGACGCAUAAUUGAUUUUUAUUUUUUAAUUAUU